GGAGAGAGAGAGAGAGAGAGAAUGGCUUCGUUUGACACCUUUAGCAUGGACGGAGAGCACGCGACGCCACCGCCUCCGUUUGAAGACGGUAGCUAUGGCGGCUACUCGGCUUUCUCAUCCGAAACGCCGCCGUACCAACCUGCUGCGGAAUUGUCUGAGGACUACGUUGAAGUGACGGCGGAACAGGCAUCUGAAACCGUCGACAGCCCUGAUCCUUACAGAUUCGAGUCUGAUCCGUUCCAGGGACAGGCCACUCCGUUUGGAUCCUCGGCCGUUCCGGUUUCCAACGGAAAUGGAAAGCCCUAUGACCUUGGGGAAGACUCCGAGGGAAUAUUCAGCUCCGAUGGACCGGUGCUUCCUCCUCCGAAUGAAAUGCGAGAGGAAGGCUCUGCUCUGCGCGAAUGGCGAAGGCUAAACACCAUUCGACUUGAGGAGAAGGAAAAGCAGGAAAAGGAAAUAAGAAACCAAAUUAUUGAAGAAGGAGAAGAGUAUAAGAGAGCUUUCUAUGAAAAAAGAAAGCUCAAUAUUGAAACUAAUAUGACCAUUAACAGGGAAAAAGAGAAGUUAUCCUUAGCUAGUCAAGAGAAGUUCCAUAAAGAAGCUGAUAAGCAAUACUGGAAAGCUAUUGCUGAGCUCAUUCCUAAUGAGGUGCCCAACAUUGAGAAGAAGGGUAGGAAGAAGGAUCAAGAGAAGAAGCCAGGUAUCACUGUGAUCCAAGGGCCGAAACCUGGAAAACCCACCGAGCUUUCAAGGAUGCGCCAAAUACUGGUGAAGCUUAAGCAUAAGCCACCACCUCACAUGUUACCACCCCCUCCCGCUCCCAAGGAUGGCAAAGACGGGAAGAAGGAUACGAAAGACGCCAAGGAUGGGAAAAAUGUCAAGGAUGCGAAAGAAGCAGAACCAUCUGCAGCUGCAGCAGCAGCUCCACCUGUCAGCGAUUCUAAAACGCCUGCUCCUGCAUCGGAAGAACCUGCCACCGUCACAGAGGAACAGCCCUCUACUUGAAUCUUCUAAUAUGUCUGUGGACUUUGUUUUUUGUUUUUCGCCGUGCACGAAUUUUGUAUGAUUGUCUCACUUAUUAAUCUUGCAUUCUACUACAAUUGCAUUUGAUUGUAGACCUUCGUUACUCUGUUCAGAUUGUGGAGAUCUGUUUCCUAGUAUUCAGUUUAUUGUUGUGUAUUGACCCUCAUUUAUCGGUUAUGGAGUAUUUUCGUUUUCAACCGGUCAAUAAAAUUUUUGUAUUGCUUCUCUA